UGUUUCGCUCUCUACAGUUUGAGCUCGACGGAGACAGAGCAACGAAGUAGUCCUAACGAGCCGGAUUUUAUCGAGGACCGCGAUCCUCCCUCCGACUCGAGGGCUUCGCUGGGUUUGAAGCACGAGCGCGACGUGCUGUUCACGUGAUCGUGUUCGGCUCGACCACCUCCACAAGAACGCAACUUUUCCACCGUCUCAGCUCAUAGCACUCGGCCGUCAUCAGCGAGCUUCAAGUUUUCCGACGCUGGUCUGGACCUUGCCGCGUUCCAGAUCCUCGCCUCAGCAAGCAAGCGGCCGAUGGUCCAAGUCGAGCACAGCCGCACACUCGAUUACUAGUGUAGCCGCACGUCGGACGAAUCCAGGCGACAUCACAGCAGCUUCUACUCCAAAUCAGUGUGUUCCAGGCGGUGCUCUAGGCCAACCACCCCAGCGAGUUCACAGCAAGCAUUUCCAGCAAGCUCGACUCAACAAUGCCGUGGCUUUUGCUGUGAACAACACCUUGUUUGCCAUCACGUCUGAGUUUGACAUGCAGGUUUUCUAGCCGCGUCAAAUAGCACGCGACAGAGCUGUUGAGGAGCAUCGCAAAGGUCGUAGCUUUGAUGUUUUACAUGUUCAUUCUUUCGUGCGGUGUGAAAAAGUAUGGCAUGAGUAAGAUUUGCGCCUUUUGCUUCCGGAGAUUGAGGAUCUGAACCGAUGGAUUUACGGGCUGCAAGCUAAUAACGCUCCUUCACAGUUCCCCUUUUCUCCUCUCUCAGAUUUGAAGAUUUCCUGACCAAGAACAAUACAGCAACCAUGGAGGGGAAACGACCUUCGUUCUUCAAGUUUUUCAUGGCCGAGCACAGCUCCGAACGAAUGAAAAUCCCACCAGCCUUUCUAGCUUACAUCAAAGGCAAGAGGCCUCGAGCGGUUUCGCUAACCGGCCCGAGUGGUGAUUCUUGGACGGUCGGCCUGAUCAAAGAAGAGGGUGCGCUUUAUUUCGAUGGAGGGUGGCCCGAGUUCGUGGAGGAUCACUCCGUUCAAACCGGUGACUUCUUGGUUUUCCACUACGACGGGGAAGCUGGUUUCCAGGUGCGAGUGUUCGACCCGACUAUGAGCCCGAGGGAGGCUUCUUUUCAUGCCUGGAAUUCUCUUCGAGUCGCGACCGAGUUGAUCACAUCUAACGGGGUCAUGCACGUCAAAGGGGAGAGCGACGCAGAUGGAGCAACAGGAUAUUCCGGUACCGAUCACUUUUGUUUUCAGAUAACCAUGAAAUCGUACAACGUCAAGAAGGCCAUCUUCCCCAUUCCUAGUUCGUUCUCCGAGCAUCAUAUUCGGUGGCAGAAAGAUCGUGCGGAUGUUGUGCUGUGCCGGCAAGGAGGUAAGCAGUGGCCGGUGUGGAUGUUCCGUAGGAAGGACAUCCGGAGGCGCGAGAGCUGGUAUCUGAGCAGAGGCUUACCCGCUUUUAUCCGCGACAAUCGGGUCAAGGAAGGCGACACCUGCGCUUUCGAGCUUGCGGGUCCAUCUUUGCUGCGAGUCCACAUUUCUAGGGCAUAGGAGGAGGAAGCGAAUCAAGGGAGUUGAACUAUUUUUCUACAGUCAAGAGACAAUGGCUAAAUCAGUAUCAUGUGAUCUGAAAUCUUUCCCAUGUUUGGACUUUCAUGUGUGUGUGACUCCAUGCCUGAGUUCCGUUGUGGAACUCAAGCUUUUAAGCGUUGCUAGAUUAAGUCAA